CACCCUUAGAAGAUUCUAAGAUGUCAACCUUUCCAGCUUCUAGUGCUUCCCUUUCUUCAUCUCUCUUACCACCGGUUGUUGAUGAUAUUAGUUGCACGAAGCAGGAUGCUAUUCGCAACACUGUGAAUGCCAAUCCUAGCAUAUGGGGUGAUCAAUUUCUUACACAUGAUGAGCCAGAAGAUCUAGUUAUGGAGAAACAAGUAGUUGAAGAGCUCAAAGAAGAAGUAAGAAAGGAGCUAAUGAUCAAAGCUUCUUCUAAUGAAUCAAUGCAACAUAGGAAGUUGAUACAACUUAUUGACGUACUCCAACGUCUUGGAAUAUCUUAUCAUUUCGAAGAGGAGAUCGAGGAAGCCUUGCAACAUAUCUAUGUUAUAUACGGUGAAAAAUGGAGUGAUGAUAACAACCUGCAAAAUAUUUCUCUUUGGUUUCGACUCCUUCGACAACAAGGCUUCAACAUUUCAUCAGGAAUAUUCAAAAACCAUAUAGAUAAUAAAGGAAAUUUUAAUGAAUCCUUAUGUGAUGAUGCUGAAGGGAUGCUUGGUUUAUAUGAAGCAUCCUAUAUGAGGGUGGAAGGUGAAGAACUUUUAGAUGAUGCCCUCGAGUUCACGAAAACUCACCUUGCUAUCAUAGCAAUGGAUCCUUUCUGUGACCCUUUAUUAAGAAUCAAAAUACAACAAGCACUAAAGCAGCCACUCAGAAAAAGGUUGCCACGGCUAGAAGCCGUGCGUUACAUAUCUAUUUAUCGACAAGAAGCUUCCCACAAUGAGGUCUUACUGAAGUUUGCAAAGUCUGAUUUUAAUGUGGUUCAAUCAAUGCACAGGAAGGAACUUAGCGAAAUUUGCAAAUGGUGGAAGGACUUGGACCUAAAAAACAAAAUACCUUAUGUUCGAGACAGAUUGGUAGAAGUCUAUUUUUGGAUACUGGGAAUCUAUUUCGAGCCUCGACAUUCUCAUACUAGAAUGUUCCUGCUCAAAACUUGCAUCUGGUUGGUUGUAUUAGAUGACACAUUUGAUAAUUAUGGUACUCACGAGGAACUCAAGAUAUUUACUGACGCUGUUCAAAGAUGGUCAAUAAGCUGCUUGGAUAUGCUUCCGGAGUAUAUGAAACAAAUAUAUCAACAACUUUUGAAUCUUCACCAAGAAAUGGAGGAAUCACUUAAAAAGGAAGGAAAAGCAUACCAGAUCCACUAUGUGAAGGAGAUGGCAAAAGAGUUGACACGAAACUUCUUAGUGGAAGCCAAAUGGUUAAAAGAGAAGUAUAUGCCAACUCUUGAAGAGUACAUGUUUGUUUCAAUGGUGACUAGUACCUACGGCUUCGUAAUAGCGAGAUCUUAUGUUGGUAUGAAUGAUAUGAUCACUGAGGAUACCUUUAAAUGGGUAGCCACAUAUCCACCUAUUGUUAAGGCCUCAGCUUUGAUUUGUAGAUUUAUGAAUGAUAUUGUCACCCACAAGGAGGAACAAGAAAGAGGUCAUUGUGCAUCAAGCAUAGAAUGCUACCAAACGGAAACUGGUGCAACUGAGAAGGAAGCAUGUGAAUUUAUCUUGAAAAAGGUUGAAGAUAAAUGGAAAGUUAUAAAUCGAGAAUCACUCAGGCCUACACAAAUCCCAUUUCCACUACUUAUGCCUGUAAUCAACCUUGCGCGUGUGUGUGAUGUCCUUUAUAAACACAACGAUGGCUUCACUCAUAGUGGGAAAGAAAUGAUAAGUCACAUUGAAUCGCUCUUGGUUCAGCCUGCAGUUAUUUAAGAUUCAAGAUUAACUGCUUGGUUAACCGUCUAAUUCGGUAAAGUUGGAGAGUUUAAAGAUGAUGCGGAACACCCGUGGAUGAUAAACAUAGGCGUUAUUCGGGACUUGUUCGGAUCGAUAAGGUUGAUUGAAUAUACAAGAGAUGCACAAGAAUGAAGUCCAGGGAUUGAUUGGUAAUUAAAUGGAAGUUCAUAUUCAGCCAAAUGAGUUCCAGCGUAAUUAAAAACAUAGCAUAGGGGUUCAAAGCAUAAGUUACAGUGGGAAAUACAUGCAUUCACAGCAGGUUUGAAUCGUAAGCUUCGGUCCGAAACCGUAGCCUACGACA